ACUAACUAGCAGCUGAAUACUUGAAUCUCCAAUUCCACUGUUCGGUCGCUACUCUUAACGAAACCCUAAUCCUAUUUUGAUCCACGGGUUCGAUCGAUGCGGAUUGAUAAAUCAGGUAAGAUCUUCGUGGCGGGUCACGGUGGCCUCGUCGGAUCCGCCGUGGUUCGCAAGCUCAGCCACUUCGGUUACACCAAUCUCCUCCUACGCACCCAUUCCCAGCUCGACCUCACCGUCCAACCUGCCGUUGACGCAUUCUUCGCCGCCGAGAAGCCUGAUUACGUCAUCCUCGCCGCCGCCAAGGUGGGCGGCAUCCACGCAAACAACACCUACCCGGCAGAUUUCAUCGCCAUUAAUAUCCAAAUCCAGACCAAUGUGAUUAUCUCAGCGUACAACCAUGGGGCUAAGAAGCUUAUAUUCCUCGGGUCAUCAUGCAUUUACCCGAAAUUCGCUCCUCAGCCGAUUCCAGAGGAUGCAUUACUCACGGGUCCUUUGGAGUCCACAAACGAGUCGUACGCCAUUGCCAAAAUCGCGGGCAUAAAAAUGUGUCAGGCUUAUAGGAUCCAGUACAACUUUGAUGCUAUUUCCGCAAUGCCCACGAAUUUAUACGGACCUAACGACAAUUUCCACCCAGAGAAUUCGCACGUUUUGCCGGCUCUGUUAAGAAGGUUUCACGAGGCCAAGACAAGGAAUGAUGAGAAAGUGGUGGUGUGGGGGAGUGGAUCACCGUUGAGGGAAUUCCUUCAUGUUGAUGAUCUUGCAGAUGGUAUAGUGUUCUUACUGGAGAAUUAUAGCGGCCUGGAACAUGUGAAUGUGGGGAGUGAAAAGGAGGUAAGCAUAAAGGAGCUUGCAGAGUUGGUGAAGGAAGUAGUAGGGUUUAAGGGGGAGAUUUUCUGGGACUCAUCUAAGCCUGAUGGAACUCCAAGGAAGCUCAUGGAUAGCUCCAAGCUUGCAAGAAUGGGUUGGAUACCUAAAAUCUCUCUACGUGAUGGACUUACUGACACCUACAAGUGGUACUUGGACAACUAUGUGCAGCAAUAGUGCAGGUGAUUGCCUUGCACUAAUUGUUACCUCAAAGAAAUACAGUAUCAUAUUGAUGAUUUUGUUUUCAUAUUUAUUUUUGUCACACCGUUGCAAAAAGAUUAAAAACAUACUUGCUGGAUAACUGGGCUGUACUAUUUUCUGAAUCUUUAUAGUAUGAAGAAUUGUCAUCUCCUUUAUCAUGAAGAAGUUUAGUUUGUUCUCUGAAGAAAUGAAUAACAAUGUGUACACUGGUGUUCUUUGCGAUUUCACACUGGGAUACAAUUUAACUUAAAUAAGAUGUACUGGAAGUUUUUAAAUCUUUC